UAAAACGUCCUCUGUGUGUGUGUGUGUGUGUGUGUGUGUGUGUCCUCGGGUUACCAUGGCAACAGCAGCCUCGUCUCCCAGCAUGCAUCAGCAGCAGAGGGCGGCGGCAGUGGAUGAGCAGCAGCAGCAGAGAGGAGCAGAGAGGAAAAGAGACAGAAGGAUGAUGGACGGACACUCGGCCCCCCUCGGAGGAGAGCAGUGCAUGCUGGGAGUCACUUUUCUGGAUAAACUCCCAGAUGGAGGCGUAGUGACGAAGGAGAGAGGGACUCGCUGCUCCUCCCUCACUCCUCCUGACGGAGAGGAGGAAGGUAAAGGAGAAGAACAGGAAGAGGAGGUAACGGAGGAGAAAGUAGUGAAGGAAGAGGAGGAUCAGCUGCCAGGAGGAGAUGGAGAGAUGGAGGAGGAGAAGAGGGCCAGUUCCUCCGUCUCACCUCCUGAUGAAGAGGAGCACAAGGAAACAGCCGAAGAACGGAAAAAAAUCGCUGAAGAAAACGUCAGUAAAAGCUCCAGAAGCGUUGCUCUCUGUGGGUUAGUUCCCUCUGGAGACGGGGACGUCCAUGCUGCUCCCCUCUCCUCCUCUGCAGAACCAAGCGCUCCUCUGGCUACCCCGGCUGCCCAGGCUGGAAAAACAAGCGCUCCUCCUCUGCAGAAAGAGAAAGCAGCUGUGAAGGAAACUGCAGAAGAACAUCUGAAGGCCUCCAAGUCAGCAGGGGGCGCCAGAGCAGCCAAGAUGAUCUCAGCCAAGAGUACAGAGUCAGUGGACGGAGCCAACAGUCCAGGAAGUCGUUCUCCGGCUAGUCGAUCUUCCACUCCAAACAGAGACGUCAAGAAGGUGGCGGUGGUCCGGACCCCCCCCAGGUCUCCCGGGGCUUCCCGCGGACGGACACCCCCCCUUCCCUCCCAUCCCAUGCCUGACCUCAGCAACGUCAGGUCAAAGGUCGGAUCCACAGAGAACCUCAAACACACACCUGGAGGGGGCAAGGUUCAGAUUGUUAAUAAGAAGAUGAAUCUGACAAGUGUCGCAUCAAAGUGUGGCUCCAAAGACAACAUCAACCACAAACCAGGUGGAGGGAAGGUGGAGAUUAAAUCAGAGAAGGUGGAUUUUAAAACUGUUCAAUCUAAAGUUGGUUCUCUGGAGAAUGUCACCCAUGUGCCAGGAGGAGGGAAGAAGAAGAUUGAGAGUCAGAAACUGAGCUUCAGAGAGAGCGCCAAGGCUCGGACGGACCACGGGGCUGACAUCAUUGUCCAGCCUGACUCCGCCCCCUCCAGCGAAACCUUCUCCCCUGGAGGCCUAAAUGCUGCUGAAGCCCCGCCCCUCCACACGCUGGCCGACCAGGUGUCCGCCUCCCUCGCCAAACAAGGCCUGUGAUUGGAUGGCCCCGAGCCUGCAGAGCCCCCCCCCUCCCAUUACCAAGGAAACUGCCUGAUGGAA